AUGCAGAGUUUUCUACAUAUGUAUAUAGGGAGCCUUUUGAAGAAGGGCCUGGAGCAAAAGGAAUGUAAGAAGGGGCAGGAGGCAACAGCAGGAAUAUGUAGAUUGAGAACAAACAACCAGGAGAAGAUAGGGACAGGGACGACAACAUUAGAGGAAAUAUUCCCCAACGAGUCAACAGGUACCCUAGCAAAUGUUUCAAGGAUGAGUAGAUCAAUUUGUAUAGGACUCGAAUCUUGGAUAAGUACCUUAGACGGAGGCACAGGGACCGCCGCAAAGAUAGACUUCCGGGGAGCAUGUAGUUAUGAUGAGUUCAUGGCAGGGGGGACUCCCAGAGGAAAUUCGAACAAAUGUAUCUUUGAACGAGAAAAAUUGGCCUGGAUAGAUCACAAAGACAAAGUAGCCCUAAGUAUGGGUCAAGAAUAUCAGCAGACCUUAAAAAUGUGUAUGGAACUUGUCACACUAAUAAUGAUAACCGCUGGAUUAGACUCAACAAGCAAAAGAAGGACUUAUUAUGAAAACACGAGAGAAGGGGUGUGUGGGAGAAUAUAUAAGGGGCUGCAUGAUUGGGCUGGAGAAGAAGUGGCAGCCAAGAUAAUGAGGGAUUGGUUCUCUCAUAGCGAGAAUCUCACGGGGGAGAAAAAAGAGUUCCAACUACCGGCUCGGGAUGUAUAUGAAAUAAUAACUGAAACUAUAUUAGGGAUCUCAAAAGGGGAUAAAGAAAUCACUUGCGACAGAGUUUUCCCAGCAACACCCGGGGAAAAAGGGGAGGAAUCUGCAUAUAAAGGAGGCUCCUCAGGUGAUACCACUAUCGUGACGUCUAUAGAAACGGCCCAGGACAGCUCUCAAUUCAUCGAUACCCUGGAUCAAGUAUUGGCAGAAGUCAAAGCGAAAGUGGAAGUAAGUGACCAGAAAAAAUACUUAGCCCUCACCAGAACUAGGCAGGCAGUAUUAAUUAAGAAUGUCCUUAGGAAACGGCGAGAGAAUAAAAAACUUCUUAUUCAUUUUUUUUAG